GGGUAUGUGGAGCGCCCCAUCCAAAAAAAGAUGGCAGGACAGGGGCAAGGGACGGAAACACCGAGCCUAAUCUUGAGUUUUUGGAUAGAACAUCAUCACUUUGUCGCUUGUUGUACAUAGCAAGGCUUCCUCCCACGAUACUUAAUGUCACUACCUUAGAUUUCUUCUUCUACAAUGCCGCCAAGGAAAUUGGCUCUCGAUCUCGGGCGGUGCAGCAGCUAUAUUUGCAAGUCGUGCCUCGACAGUCUCCGACCUGCGACUGCACGCCCAUGGCUCGCACGGCCGUCUUCCAAUGCCGCUCGGAGAGCGCAGCCGUCACCGUCCAAUCCGCGAAAACUAGAGGCGGUGCCGGACCCUGCCGAGCUUCAAAGGAUGCUCGCCGAAGAGCUUGAACGCAGCCCCGAACCCACGUCGUCCCCGGGAGGCCUCGAUGUCAACUUCUUCAACCAAGAAGCCCCCGGGCGGCUGCGGCGGUUGCGCGACAACGAUGAGUUUGGCGAAGUCAGCGGGGGACUGGACGCAGAGAUUGAAACGGCCAUCAACGACCUGGAGAAGCAGAUGAUCAACACGGCCAAGAUGCUGCGGCGGAUGGAGAAGCAGGGCGGACAGGACAAGGCAGACGAGCUGCGGAAGCAGUUCAAGAAGACGUUGCGCCUGCAAUACAAGGGCAAGACGGGCCCCGAGGCUGAGGAGUAUGGGCUGCUGCGCAUCUCGGGCUUCAGUGGGCCGCGACAAAGGACUGUAGCCAACCUGAACACGUUCCUGGCUCGGGACAGCGUUGUCAAAGGCGGUAUCCCCAGGGCUAAAGACGUGGCCGAGUGCUGGAAGUAUUACUCGGCUGCAAGGAAAACCCUGUCGACGGCUUGGCAGAACGUCCCCCAGGAGGUCUGGAAUUUCCUUUGGAUGGUCCUGUCCUGGGAAGGGGAAGGCGUCGAGAACCCCAACCGCAUGCAACACAUCUACAUCCUCGCCAAGGACAUGCAGGCCGCCGGCGUGCCACUGCGGGAAUCGCAGCAGCUUCUCGCUAUUGAGGCCAUGUUCAUUGAGGGCUGGGAGGACGAGGCCAUUGAGGCUUGGAAGAAGGGUGUAGUCACGCUCGGGUCGAAGCCUGAAACCUUUACCGAUUACUGGGAGCUCGGUGUUCGCAUGUGCGCUCUGCAUGGAGACACGGAACGGGCUCAUAGAGCGGCCGAGACACUUCUCAGAUCCUCGCAGCCGCCCAAUGCGCGAAUCCUCCUUCCCGUUAUCCGGGCUCUGGCGGCCAAGAAGGCGACAGUCGACCAGGCUUGGGAAUCAUACCAGCACAUGCGAACCCUCCUUGGAGAGAGCAUCACGAUUGAGGACUAUGAUGAGGUCAUCGCCGUGUUCCUCACGUCCGACUCCGUUGAGUACGCCCUGCAGGCCUUUGUGGAUAUGAUGUUCUCCCGCACCAUCGACAUCCGCGGCAAGACGAGAUUGCCACUCACGGUGGGCAACCACUUCUUCAUUGGCAAAUGGCUGAAAAGGCUCAUCGGAGUGGGUGACUUGGGCGGCGCCUACAAGGUGGUGAUGUAUGUUCAAAGCAAGGGGAUAACGCCGUCACCCAUUCAACUCAACGGCCUUAUCGGGGCCUGGCUGAGGUCUGGAGCCGCCGAGAACAUGGAAAGGGCCGAGAAUCUGGCAUGGAGCAUGAUUCGCGCUCGCCUGGAUUACGUCAAACAACGACAUGAAACCGUCAAGUUUUACGACCCUUAUAGCCUCUCUGUGACCGAAGGCAGCGAUAGUGAGCCUAAGUUCAUCUGCCAGACGCGGGCGACUGCCGAAACAUUCUCGCUGCUUGCCGAGAACUACUGCUCCCGUAGGCUACACAGCCGGUUACAGAAGCUAUUUGAGGUACUCAGGCAAGCCGAGAUCGGCCCGACGAGUUUUCUCAUGAACCAGCUGAUCCGGUCAUACUCGCAAAACGGCGAGGCUGACGAGGCGGCCAACCUUUACCACACCAUGACCAAAGAGCAAAACAUUCGCCCCGAUGGGCACACGUUCCUCACCCUGUUCAAUAGCCUUUCCGUGAACCGGCUCUUCCAGCGGGAUCCUGACUUGUCGAGGAAGGACAUCAUCGCCGCCAGGCAGUUCUUCCGCGACAUGGUCGAGGCCGACUGGGCGUUUGACUCGCCCGAUAUUUUUGCCCAGCUGCCGCGAACCAUCCUCUUCAGCCUUCUCAAAGCCAAGGACUACAGGGGCACGAUUGUCGCCGCACGGGCCAUGAGGGAGCUCUUUGCCUUCCAUCCGCCCGAGGCGCUGCUGAUUGAGCUAGCUACCGGCGCGGGUUCUCUGCAGGUCAAGACCAAGCGGAAUAUGGAUCGACUGGUGAGUGGGAGGAGGACCAUUGAGAUGCUGAUGAAGAAGCACAGGAUGGAGCUCAUCAAGAGCGGGCACCCCGGGGUCAAGAUGACGGAGGAGGAGAAGGUCAACGAGCUCCACGAUGUGCUGGAAAAGCUUAUGCUGCUCAAGGCUGGUGCGCAGAGCGUGGGCAGGGACGAGGUUGAGCAGCUGCUGGAGGAGGUUGCGAGGGAGAUGGGCGUGUAUGAUGUUGUUGUCAAGAAGAAUAUCGGCCUGAUCGCGAAGCACAGGAAGCUUGGCAAGCAGAUGACGGGGCCUGUAUAGAUAUCAGAUCUUGUACAAUAGCUUGUAAUACUGGCCACUCAAGACCA